AACUAUUACGUUUUGGAGUGAAUAUCCAGAGCGAAAUCCAAUAUGUCCGUGUUUAAGAAACAAAAACAUAAACAAGAAAACUGAACCUAAAAGCGCCGUUAUCAUUAUAGCAUCAGAGCUACUGGGUCCGUCACCGUGUGAUAACACAAACAGUCUUGCAAAGUUUCUUUUCAAAACAAAUUUAUUACUAGGUUGGAAGUCUGUGUUUUUAUGUUUAUCAUUCUAAGCGAAUUUACCUUCUCUUUUUUUUCGGUAUUCAGAAAUCUCGUUGAAAAAUGUGGGGGAAAGGGAAAAGAAAGGACGAUGAGGAUCGCGCUUCUGAAGAGAAUGACGGUCGCGCUCCACCCAAGAAAGCCCCCAAGACCUCCACCGUCGACUCCGAGGACUCCGAUGAGAUCAUCGUCUGCGAGAUAUCGAAGAAUAGGAGGGUUGCGGUCAGGAACUGGCAAGGCAAGAUUUGGGUCGAUAUUCGCGAGUUUUACGUCAAGGAUGGCAAGCAAUUGCCUGGCAAAAAAGGUAUCUCGCUAAGUAUGGAUCAGUGGAAGGUGCUUAGGGAUCACGUCAAAGAAAUUGACAAGGCACUUGCCGAAUCUUAGGAAAAGUAUUAACUAAGGGUUUUAUGUUGAUAUGUGUAUUAGGUGGUUUGAUGGUUUAGUUGCAAGAAACUGAAAUUGCAGAAGGCAGACUAAGGGUUUUGCUGUCACAGAUGUAAGCAUGAAGGGUGCUUGGUGGUUAUGGUGUGUAGUUCUAAAAAAAUGAAAAAACUGAAAUUGCAGGAGGUUGCUCUUGUAGUUUUUGGUUUAGAUUCUUCUGGUCUUGUUUUUGGGUACUAAUCAACAGGGUAAUGUUUGGUUCUAUAGAGCCCCUCUCAAAAUUUGAAUUUAGAGACUUUAAACAAGAAAAUUCAAGCUCUUGACUGUUGAGACUCUUCAAUAUUAUUUUAUGUUUGCAUAUAUAUAUAUUUUCUCCUACCAAGAAUGAGGGGCAAAAGUACAUGGAAAACCAUCUACCUCACUAUGCUUCGAACUUCUAAUGCUUCAUCUUACAACAUAAAAUCGAGGCCCUUGGACAUUGACUUGAGAAAAGCGCCAAAAUUUGACGUUGAGCGGUGAUAGCAUCUGUUUGCACCUAAUUUUUGUAAUAGAAUGGUGUCGCAUGUUAUCCAUGUUAGUAGGUAUUUAAUUUGUUGAAAAGUCCUUUUGUUGAUGUAGAUCUCUCUUGGACAAGGUUCAGUGGUUUUUCUCACAACAUUUGUUGUGAAUUUUUGAGAGCAUAAGUUGGCAGCACCACCUAGUUGAUUGAUUUGUUUUGGUUUUCAUGCUGUUGUUAAUUUUUAAGAUGCUGCCACAGUUCUCUAACAUGCUGCUAAGGGAUACCCAUGAGCGGGUGGAUGAGUUGGUUGGGAUUCUUCCAGCUUAACCAGAGGUUUUGAGUUCAAAUCCUGGGAAUGUAGCUCCAUUAAAACUCAUAAGGGAUAGCUUUGCCGCCCAUAGGGUCUUGCCCGGCUUGAAUUUGGAUUAGUCAGUGGUCCAAUGGGCUUUUGGAUACCAGAUGGUCAUACCAAAACAAAAACAUGCUGCUAAGGGAUGUUUAUUGCAAUAAAUACAUGGAGAAUAAAUCAAGCAAGAUAGAUAUACCUUUCACACAACUAUCUCAACAUUAUUUCU